UUUGUAAUCACAGAGCAGUAAAUAAAUAUUUGUAAUUUUGUUUUGUACUAACUACUAUCCAAACGUUAGACAAUUUUAAAAAAUUGGUAAUUCUCUCCUUUGAAACGCUGAUUAAAGUAACCAAUACAAUUAAAAAGUGCUACAUUUUAUAUGUGCAAUGAUGGGGGAAAAUCUUAUAACAUCAACACCGAAUACUUUGCCAAGAUUAAGUAUUGGCGGGAGCAGUGCCAUCCGAAGGCGAAGUUUGAUACCCAGAGUUGCUAAUAUUAGAAAUGAGCAGUGCAAUGAUGAUGAUGCAGAACGUUCUUUGCUAUUGGCCUCUGAGCGUGCCGUUGCGAGCUCCACACCAGUCAGCAGCUCUCCACGCAGAGGAAGAGACACUAUGUCGUCAUCCCCACAAAAGGAGCAUUACCAGGGCUGCUUAAAGCUUUAUGCUGAAAAUAAAAUCACCAAGGACAAUGCAUGGAAUCUACAGCUCAUAGACUUUAUGACGUCUAUGCUGCGAAGACAUGACGCGCGCAUGGAGAAUUUCCAGACAGCAUCCACAGUCUUGGAUGCAACUGCACGCAUAUACUCCUUCAGGGUAGAUGCUGUGCAUUGGGAUGUGUUGAAAAUGGCUGGUGGACUGAGCAAAGCAGCACAGACAAAAAGAGGCAAAAAAGAUGACGACAAUGUACAAGACGAGGCUCCCGCGGAAGGAGAGGCUGCAGUUACAAAGAAAAAAAAGAAAAGAUCUAAAGGAGCGAUAGCCUCAAAUCCAGAAGUGUUAAACGGAGAUUUCGAUGCUAAUGACUGUGUCGAUCCAUUCUUCGAAAGGGUAGCGGCGACGGCGGGCGAUAUAACAUCGUCUAACAGAGCUUUCAAUGCGACUUUGCCUAUACAUGACAAGACAUUCGCAUUGAUUUUAAGGACAGAUGAUCAAUUCCUUGAACCCAUCAAAGAAAAUAUUCCAGAAGGUUUAUCGUUAAACGAACGUAUAACCAUACCAAUCAAGUUGCUGCCAGCUUUCAAUGCCAGUGAUCAGAUUUGCGAGCCUUUCGCCGGAUUCUCGAUAAGCAACUGGGAUCCCGAGACUGAGGACACCAAUCGCAUAACAAACUGGGUAGAAGAAAACAACAGACUGAACUUAUCUCAACAGGCGCUCGCUUUCGACGCAAUCGCCGACGUUGAACCAAUCCCACAAGAUGAGGCGCACAACGAUUUAUACGAUGAUGAGCCACUGGGUGGCAUCGAGAGCGAGGAGGAAGCCGACGUGGCCUUGGCGGCUUGCGUGGCUCGGUUGCCAGCGACGCAACUGGCUCGACUCACCGACAUGCGGCCAAGCGCGCCGGGGCAUUCCCGGCUCGAGUACAGCUACUGCGCGGCCAUAGUCACCGCGUGGGCCGGCCCUUCGCACUGGCGGCUCAAGAACAACCGAGCUUCCAAGAUGACAGAACGGACACAAUCAACGGCUGCAGGCCGUUUGACAGUGGACGGCAAGAAACCAGCCCGGACGAAAAAGCAGCUAGACUUCAUGGGCGCGGGCUUAGCCUUCGACGCGCGCUCUAACAACGUUCCGGACUACGAGCCCGCCCAGCCCGCCAAGAUCAUGAUCAGCAGGAAGACCCUCGCCACGGGGCAUACUUGGAACGAAGCCAACUACAAAACCCCAAUAGACAGAGGUCUCGACGAGUCACACUUCAGGAAACUGUUCCUGCGCCGUAACGUGGUGAUGAGCCGCGAGCGCGACGAACAGCCCACCAAGAACACAGAGCCCCUCACCGUUGAGGAGAGCAAGGAGUACGACUAUAACAAUGAGAACGACGCGUCGUAUUGCCCUAACCACGUAUCGGACGCUGAUGAUUGGUGUAACGAAGAAGGGCUAGCGGCAGGCGAGUUACACGACCAAGCAAAAUCAGCGGAGCUGGAAGAGAUCGGCGACAUGUUGGAACCUCCCACUAAGGUUGCAAAAAUAUUUAUACCAUACGCAAUGCGAGCGAAAAAAGUGGACAUGAAACUAUUGAAACAUUGUACUUGGAGAAUGCUCACAGAGAAAACUGCGGAUGGUCAUAAGGAAGAUGUAGCGCCAACUACGUUUUCCGCUAUCUAUUCUCGAUUGCCGGAAAAAUUAUCGACAAAUAUGAGAGAAUCUCUCAGUGUGCCAUUAGCUCUUUUAUCUGUUCUCCAUCUGGCCAAUGAAAAAGGUCUCAUUCUAGAAAAAAGAGAUGACCUCAAGGACUUCGAUGUCGUCGGUUUAAUUAAAACUUAGGUGUAAUGUUUAUUUACAAUACUCAGCCCCCAGCGACUUCAUCAGCGUAUCUUUUAAGGUUGAUUACCCUAAAAGAUACGCGCACUUUUUUUUUUUUAAUUUAAAGAAGAAUAAUUCCGUAAUACAUCAUUUUGGCGAUACUUUAACCGUUUAUGUGUCGCACCCAUCGGAAGCUCUCAAAAGGAAUAAUUUAUCCCGUUUUUGAAGAGCCGAUAUUAAUGAUCUGCGAUUGGUGAAGCCUUUCCCUACAAAUGGACGACUAUAUCCAACACAAAAAUAUUUUUACCAGUUCGAACCAGUAAUUCCUGAGAUUAAG